CAGCCUCUGCUCACACUCCAGGACAUAUUAUAUGUUCUCUAAACGAAAAAAAACAAAAAAACAAAUACGCAUUAUAGCCUACCAUUGAUGCGAGAAUAAAAAGAUAUAGGCCAGCAAUCACAUAAUUCAGUUUACCAGGAGGUCUUCGGCUGGUGGCAGUGGUGCUCUGAGGUGGUGACCAAUAUCAUGGAGCUGGUUAUGAAGGUCCUGGGGACGUUAGUGCCCUCUGGAAUGACUCUGUCACUGGGCUUGCUCAUGAUCUUCCUGGCUCUGCUCUACUGGUAUGCAACGUUCCCCUAUUCAGUCCUGGCUCGAUGUGGAAUCAGACAUCCCAAACCAUUGCCGUUCUUCGGGAACAUGUUUCUGUUUCGUGAGGGCUUUUUCGGGUUUCACACUGACCUCAUACAGACUUAUGGGAGAGUAUGCGGAUACUAUAUCGGCCGGCGUCCUGUGGUGGUGGUAGCAGACCCUGACAUGCUCCGGCAGAUCAUGGUGAAAGACUUCAGUACCUUCCCUAACAGAAUGGCCAUACGUACUGCCACUAAACCAGUGAGUGAUUGUCUGCUGAUGCUGAGGAACGAGCGCUGGAAGAGAGUGCGUGGCAUCCUGACGCCGUCCUUCAGUGCAGCUAAGAUGAAAGAGAUGGGUCCUCUGAUCAACACGGCCACCGCCACACUGCUCACUAACCUGAAUGGAAACGCCGAGUCCGGAAAAAGCUUUGACAUUCACAGUUGUUUUGGCAGUUUCACCAUGGACGUAAUAGCCAGUGUGGCAUUUGGAACCCAGGUGGACUCUCAGAAGGACCCAAAUGACCCGUUUGUCCACCACGCCCAGAAGUUCUUCUCUUUCUCCUUCUUCACUCCACUCAUGAUCCUCUUCAUCGCUUUCCCCUUCGUGAUUCCUCUGGCCCGCAUCCUCCCCAACAAGAGGAGGGAUGAGAUGAACAACUUCUUCAUCAACUGCAUUCAGAAGAUCAUCAGACAGAGAGAUGAGCAGCCUGUUGAAGAGCGGCGGCGAGACUUCCUACAGCUGAUGCUGGACACACGAAGCAGCAAGGAGGGCGUGUCGCUGGAGCACUUUGACGUGGUCAACCAUGCAGACGAACUGGCCCCCACACACACGCACCCUGAAAAUGACCGCGACGCCCACGAGUCGUCCAACACACGCUCGGUCCAGACACAGAAGAGGAUGAUGACGGAGGAUGAGAUCGUGGGUCAGGCCUUUGUUUUCUUCCUGGCUGGUUAUGAGACCAGUAGUAACACCCUGGCCUUCAGCUGCUACCUCCUGGCUCUACACCCUGAGUGUCAGAGCAGACUGCAGGCUGAGGUGGACUGCUUCUUCACCAGAUAUGAUUUACCAGAUUAUACCAAUGUCCAGGAAUUGAAAUAUCUUGACAUGGUUAUAUCAGAAUCUCUACGGCUAUAUCCUCCCGGUUUCAGGUUUGCUCGUGACGUUGACAAUGACUGCAUGGUGAAUGGACAGUUCAUACCGAAGGGGGCCACUCUGGAGAUCCCUGCAGGCUUUCUGCAUUACGAUCCCGAGUAUUGGCCUGAGCCGAAGAAGUUCAACCCUGAGAGGUUCACAGCAGAGGCCAAGGCCAGCAGACACCCAUUUGUAUAUCUCCCGUUUGGGGCAGGCCCCCGCAGCUGUGUGGGCAUGAGACUGGCCCAGCUGGAGAUCAAGAUAGCCCUGGUGCACGUUUUUAGGAGGUUCAACAUUGUUGCAUGCACAGAGACCAAGGUUCCUCUGGAGUUGAAGUCUCACACCACUCUCGGACCCAAGGAUGGUAUCUACGUGAAAAUCACCAAAAGAGAGUUUUAGGGAGAACCAGCGACUCCCCAUGCAGGAGAAAAAUAGACCCUCCUCUAUUUGUUUGAACGCAGUGAGAAGAGCCAUGGUGGCUCUCUACAAAUCAUACGAUGUACUGUACUAGGUAACAGAGGCCACUACGUCAGACAGAGAUAAUUUAAUUAAAUCUCAAUGCAAGAUUGAACUUCACAGAACUGUUAGAUGAACCAUGUACUGUUACAUUCACUCAUUGUACAUAAUUCAAACAACACCAAACUGUGGACCAUUGACUGGUUUAAAUCCAAAUUAACCAUUAGAGACCAAGUGGCGAAUGUUAGUCAUUCUGAUUUGGUUUCAGAGUCCCCUGAGUGGCCAAUUCAGAGAUUACACAGAAAAAGUUUGUUACCAUGCAUGUGAAUUUGAUUGGUAACUAAAUAGUGAGACUGUGGCGUUGAAGGUUUUAACAAAGUAUUUUCAGCUAGCCAGUAACACCUUAAAUAUUCAGUCAGCUGCCCUGGAUCAGUGUGCAUCAUGGUUCACCAGCAUCAAUAAAGGUUAAAGAAAUAAGUCCAACCUAGAUUUAUGUUACAUGUACUCUGUGGUGUACUACUUUAUUAAUACUCUAAAAUGUGCUUCAAGAGGCUCUAAACUGUGGGCCAUGUUGUCAGAUCAGUUAAUGUACUGUGUGAGUACCCAAAUCCCUUGUAAAAACACACUACCACAAUCACUUUUGUACUAUAUAGUUUAAUCCAUAUUAACAGUUGGAACUUCGAGUUAUACUGUACAUACCUGCCAUUUAAGUAAACUCAACCAAUUUAACCCAGGUGGUAUACUUUUGAGUUAUAAGAUCUGUAAGGCAUCAGGAAUUUCAGAGUAAAUAAAUGUAUCCAUAGAAAAAAGCAUGUUAGACAAAUCAUAGCAGUAAAAGAACCGAAACAACUUGUGGAGGGAGGUGCAUGGAAACAUAAAAACAUUUUUGCCCAAUAUUAAAAUAUUAAUAUCAUACAUACCCCAAUCAAAAACAAAUGUUUCACAAGGCUGCACAGUAUUCUACCAUCCCUCUCCCUGUAUAUUUAUGUCAUCUUACAAUAUAAAGCUAAUAGUCUAUCUUUUUAAAGAUCUUUUCAGGCAUUCAUGCAUUAUUGCAAAGCAAUGAAAAAGGGAAAUAGUGCAGGAUUGAAACCGGGGACCUGCAGAGCCUUAGACCAUGGCACCACCGUAGACCAUAUAAACUGGCUCUCAAAAGUAUUUACCCCCACUGAACUUUUCUACAUUUCAUUGUGUUACAACAUGACAUCAAAUUUGAUUUAAUUCGGAAAUUUUUGCCACUGCUGAACACCAGUUCAUAUAUUUUUUUUUAAGUAAAAUCUGCAAAUUGUUCUAAAUUUAUUACAAAUAUGAAACAGAAAAUAACUGAUAGCAUAGGAAUUCACCGCCCUUUGCUAUGACAUGGCUGAAUGAGCAAUGGAGUAACCAGCUGUCUGUGGAAUUCACGUAAUAAGUUGAAUGUCCACCUGUGUGGUAUUUAGGUUACACAUGAUUUCAGGUUAAAGACACCUGUCUUUGGGGGUUCCCAAACUUCAUUAUUACAAUUGUUGACAAAAGCUACCAAGGAACAUAAAAAAGCAAAUCCAGAAAAAGGAAUAAUUUCACUAUGGACUUUUGUGUUGAUCAGAGGCAAAAACCUCAUGUUAUAACACAAAAUAUGGAAAACUAAGGGGAUGAAUACUUUUAAGAAGGCACUAUAUCCAUUUUGAGAUAUCUUUUCAACCAAAGUUGUCACGGUUUUGCCCACCUACCAAUAUUUUUUUUUUUGGUCAAACUAUAUACAGUGGUAUAGUAGUAUCAUGAUUAUAUUGGCUGUCCUCUGUGUAGUACAGUGGUGUUGGCCCCUCUAGAUUUCACAAGUAUUCAAUAAGGAACUCAGGGUAAAUCUGUUGUUUCUCAAACACAACAAAAAUCGAUGGGUUCCUUUCUGAGUCGACACAGCUGUCGUAGAGGGCCUUGCCCCUGCCUUUCUGUGGCGGGCGACGGUACUGACUGCAUCCUUUGGUAAACUCCCCGACCAAGACCAGAGCCACGAACAUGAUCUUUCUGUUUCUGCUCGACUUUAUGUAUUUGUGUGAGUAUGAUGCAUCUCUGGCAAAGUAGCUUCCUGAAAAUGAACAAGGAAAGUAAGUCAAAAAAUGUAAAAACAGAAAGUACAUUAUAAAAUCUAGUCGUGCUAUUGAUAUAGCAUUAGCUCACCUUGGCCAUAAACUGUUCCAUUGACACCACAUGCCCUCCAGUCAAAGUUCUGUUCACAGAUGGCCUCUAUAAUAGAUUGAUCUGUACCGUGGAACAGGUGUCUCUCGUCAACUGGUUUUCCUCCAUUCUUCUUCAUCAUCUGUUCCUUCUGCCUAACCACAAGCACACAAAACAACAAAUGAACACAGAAAACAACUAAUGAAAGGGAUACUUCAGCCUUACAUAUACAGAGAGCACUUAGCUACCACCACUGGCAAGAAUGAAAAUUAAAUAGACACUAUAUAGAAAGUUUGCAAUGCAAUAUAGAAAAAAAAUAUCAGUAAUAUACUGUAUCUGCAUUGAUAGUGCAAUGACAGUAUUCACAAUAUUCAUCCAUUAAAUAAAUAUUUUGGGUGCACACAAAAGAACGUCCAAAAAUGCUGGUCAUUCAAAAGUGCUAUUACAAUUUACUAGAGUAUGCAAGGCAAAGUUAGUUUCAUAUUUGGUUUCUGUUGUCAAUAUCCACAGUCCUGGAUUGUUUGGCUUAAUACAAUAGCGAUUGAAGAAUGAAACUGAAUAUCAACCACAUGUCCAUAAUAAACACAUUUUACCUUGCUGGA